AAGAGCGCGACCGCCAUUUUGAGUUUUACCUCAAACAGAACAUCACAAACCGAGGGAGAGGGUGAGAGGCUGGCUGAGACCGGGUUAAAAAAAAAAAAGAAUUUGCGCAUCGACUAAGCUUUUUUAAAUACGACCAGCAACAUUAGCUGUUUGCAUGAACGAAUGCGGCGGUUUCGUGUUUAAAGAUAACGGGGAAAGACUCGGGCAUCUCAAUCACCUUAAACUUCUAAAUUACUGCGAUUCCAAAUUAGAAGCGGGUUUGAAUGGAUAGCCUUUUUCUUCGUUUUCCCCCAGAAGAGGGACAAUCAGAGGAGCAUACGGACUGGGAAUAUUGCAGGGGGGGUUGUAUUUAAGUUUGGUAUUGUAUCUUGUGAUUUGCUGAAUUAAAAAAUACAGUUUUAGUUAAUGAUAGAGCUAGCGUUAGCUGGCUGUACACUGUUUUUCUCCGGCUGCAGGUCGUGGUGUGACUGACUGGUAUUUCUCUUACCUCGCCUGCUGCCCCAUAUUUCCUGGGGUAAAGUACGGAUUGAUUUUUCACAAUUGGCAUCCCGGUUUUGGAGCCGUAGUCAUCCACUAUCGUUAGCGAGUUGUAGCCCCCUCAAGGCGCCGAGAUUGGGCGAAUAGCGAGCAAAUACGUGCGCGUUUCUCUGCCUGCUCCCCCUCCGACUUUCCUCCCUCAAUCCCCGGCGCUGACAGCUGAAAAAGCCGAGGUCGUUUUAGAGCAGGCCCAGCCGCUAAGGCUCGACCUGUGUUCUCCACCUCCGCAUUCCCAAUCCCCACAUCAGCCUCCCCGGCCUCGGCUCCCCACGGAACCCACGUCGGAAAAGGUCGAGGGGACCCAAGACUACAGGCAUCAACACAACCCGUUAGCUGCCAACAUGAACAAUCACCAUCACACCCAGCAACAGCAGCAGAAAGCCGGCGAGCAGCAACUUAGCGAGCCCGAGGAUAUGGAGAUGGAAGCGGGUGACACAGAUGAUCCCCCGAGAAUCACUCCAAAUCCGGUCAUCAACGGGAACCUGGCCAUGGCCGACGGGCACAGCAACACAGAGGAGGACAUGGAGGACGACACCAGCUGGCGGUCGGAGGCCACGUUCCGCUUCGUGGUGGAGCGCUUCAGCCGGCUGGGCGAGUCGGUGCUCAGCCCCUCCUGCUUCGUGCGCAACCUGCCCUGGAAGAUCAUGGUGAUGCCGCGCUUCUACCCCGACCGGCCCCACCAGAAGAGCGUGGGCUUCUUCCUGCAGUGCAACGCCGAGUCCGACUCCACGUCAUGGUCUUGCCACGCCCAGGCGAUGCUGAAAAUCAUCAACUACAAAGACGACGAGAAGUCUUUCAGUCGCAGGAUAAGCCACCUUUUCUUCCACAAGGAGAACGACUGGGGCUUCUCCAACUUCAUGUCCUGGAGCGACGUGACCGACCCAGAAAGGGGGUUUAUCGAAGACGAUAAGGUGUCCUUCGAGGUGUACGUCCAGGCCGACGCCCCACACGGCGUAGCGUGGGACUCGAAGAAACACACUGGCUAUGUUGGUUUGAAAAACCAAGGGGCCACGUGCUACAUGAACAGCUUGUUACAGACCCUGUUCUUCACAAACCAGCUUCGUCGGGCGGUGUAUAUGAUGCCCACAGAGGGGGAUGACUCCUCUAAAAGCGUGCCCCUGGCCCUGCAGAGGGUGUUCUACGAGCUCCAGCACAGCGACAAGCCCGUGGGGACCAAGAAGCUCACAAAGUCCUUCGGGUGGGAAACACUAGACAGCUUCAUGCAGCAUGAUGUGCAAGAACUCUGCAGGGUGCUUCUCGACAACGUGGAAAACAAGAUGAAAGGGACGUGUGUGGAGGGCACCAUCCCAAAACUCUUCCGGGGGAAGAUGGUGUCCUACAUCCAGUGUAAACAUGUCGACUAUAGAUCUGAGCGAAUAGAAGAUUACUACGACAUCCAGCUCAGCAUUAAAGGAAAGAAAAACAUUUUUGAGUCUUUCAAAGACUACGUGGCGGUGGAGCAGCUCGACGGAGACAACAAGUACGACGCCGGAGAGCACGGCCUGCAGGAAGCGGAGAAGGGCGUGAAGUUCCUGACGUUCCCCCCCAUCCUGCACCUGCAGCUGAUGAGGUUCAUGUACGACCCCCAGACAGACCAAAACAUCAAGAUCAACGACAGAUUUGAGUUUCCCGAGCAGUUGCCUCUGGACGAGUUUCUGCAGAAGCCGGACAUAAAGGACCCGGCGAACUACAUCCUGCACGCCGUGCUGGUGCACAGCGGCGACAACCACGGCGGUCACUACGUCGUCUAUCUCAACCCCAAAGGAGACGGCAAAGUGAGUGUCAAGGAGCCAAUAUGGUGCAAGUUUGAUGACGACGUUGUGUCCAGGUGUACGAAAGAGGAAGCGAUAGAACACAACUACGGUGGCCACGACGACGACCUGUCCGUGCGUCACUGCACAAACGCGUACAUGCUGGUGUACAUCCGGGAGUCCAAGCUAAGUGAGGUGCUGCAGCCCGUCACAGACCUGGACAUCCCGCAGCAGCUGGUGGAGCGGCUGCAGGAGGAGAAGCGGGUGGAGGCGCAGAAGAGGAAGGAGCGCCAGGAGGCGCACCUCUACAUGCAAGUGCAGAUUGUGACAGAAGACCAGUUCUGCGGUCACCAGGGCAACGACAUGUAUGACGAGGAGAAGGUGAAGUACACGGUGUUCAAGGUGCUGAAGAGCUCCACGCUGGCCGAGUUCGUCCAGAACCUGUCCCAGACCAUGGGUUUCCCACAGGAUCAGAUCCGGCUGUGGCCCAUGCAGGCCAGGAGUAAUGGUACAAAGAGACCAGCCAUGAUGGACUAUGAGGCUGACUGCAGCAAGUCUAUGAUCGACUUGAGUGACAACGAAAACCCGUGGACAAUAUUUCUGGAAACGGUGGAUCCGGAGAUGGCGGCCAGCGGGGCAACGUUGCCCAAGUUCGACAAAGACCAUGAUGUGAUGCUGUUCUUGAAGAUGUACGAUCCCAAAACAAGAAGCUUAAAUUAUUGCGGACAUAUCUAUACGCCUAUAUCCUGUAAAAUACGAGACUUGCUGCCGGUCAUGUGUGAAAGAGCAGGGUUUCAGCAAGGAACUAGCCUUAUCCUCUAUGAGGAAGUUAAGCCGAAUUUAACGGAGCGGAUUCAAGACUACGACGUCUCCCUGGACAAGGCUCUGGACGAGCUGAUGGACGGAGACAUAAUCGUCUUCCAGAAGGACGACCCCGAGAACGACACCAGCGAGCUGCCGACCGCCAAGGACUACUUCAGAGACCUGUACCAUCGCGUGGACGUCAUCUUCUGCGACAAAACCAUCCACAACGACCCCGGCUUCGUAGUCACCCUCUCCAACAGAAUGAACUACUUCCAGGUGGCGAAGACUGUGGCACAGCGGCUAAACACCGACCCCAUGCUCCUGCAGUUCUUCAAAUCACAAGGGUACAGAGACGGACCAGGCAACCCCCUCAGGCACAACUAUGAAGGCACUCUCAGAGACCUGCUGCAGUUCUUCAAGCCCCGGCAGCCAAAGAAGCUCUACUACCAGCAGCUGAAGAUGAAGAUCACCGACUUUGAGAACAGGAGGAGUUUCAAAUCCAUAUGGCUCAACAGCCAGUUUCGGGAAGAGGAGAUAACACUAUACCCCGACAAGCACGGCUGCGUGGGAGACCUGCUGGAGGAAUGUAAAAAGGCCGUGGAGCUGUCUGACAAAGGCUCAGAGAAGCUCAGGCUGUUAGAAAUCGUUAGCUAUAAAAUAAUCGGGGUUCACCAAGAGGACGAGCUGUUGGAGUGCCUGUCGCCUGCUGCAAGUCGCACCUUCAGGAUAGAGGAAAUCCCUCUGGACCAGGUGGACCUGGACAAGGACAGCGAGAUGCUGAUCCCCGUCGCGCACUUCCACAAGGAAGUCUUCGGAACUUUCGGGAUCCCCUUCCUGCUGAAGAUCCGACAGGGCGAACCCUUCAGGGAGGUCAUGAGAAGAAUCCAGACGAUGCUUGACAUCCAGGAGAAGGAGUUUGAAAAGUUCAAGUUUGCCAUCGUGAUGAUGGGUCGGCAUCAGUACAUCAACGAAGAAGAAUAUGAAGUGAAUCUGAAAGACUUCGAGCCACAGCCAGGUAACAUGUCCCACCCUAGGCCUUGGUUGGGGCUGGAUCAUUUCAACAAGGCCCCCAAGAGAGGGCGCUACACGUACCUGGAGAAAGCCAUCAAGAUCCACAACUGACGCUCUCCGGAGAACCCUAAGCGACCCAUCACUAAAGACUUUAACCAAACCCCCCGUGUGCCCCGCUUCUAACUCCGCUGAGCCCAGAGGCGCACUGCGAAUGAAGAGCAAAAGGGUUUGCUGCUCAUCCUUCUUUCUUUAGGGUUUCCUUUUGUUUUGUUUUUUUUUUGUUUGUUUUUCUCCUUUAAGUUUCGGGGGCUGUUCAGUUUGGCUUAACUAUAGACUGCCUACUUCGGGUCCGAAGAAUGAAAUGGGAUUUUAAAAACAC